UCGAACCGGACGCGUUUCGAUUUAUCGACCGUUUGCGGGAACAUUUUCCAACUGCCAGUAGUGCGAUCGACGGAAAAGCGUGCGGAAAAGUGCAUGUCGGUUCGAGCAUUCUACCUGCACGCUACUAACAAACGUCGGAUGUUGAUGCAGUAAUCAUUGGGGUCGACAGCUCUGGGAACGGAACGGGUAUGCUUUUUGUACGACAAAUUCCCGGAUCCCGAACGGCGGGUGUAAGGGCGUGUAUGUGUGUAUGUUGAACCGGGACAAAAACAAUCGAAACCAAUCGAUUCGAACACGGCGGAUUGCACACCGGGGAGCGAUUCUAUCGACAGUUUCUUCACAAUAGCCCUGGCGGUGCUGCGGGGGUCAAAGUGCGGUGUUUGGAGUGCGAGUGGGGGAAUGGAUGAAGAAUCGAGCAAAAAGAUGUGAAACUCGAAUUCGAAAUUUAUGAAAGUGUGCUUUUCAUGGAAAAUAAUCAGUCGAGGACGUGAGCCGAUCGAAGAACUGGCAGUAGCGACAACUUCGGUACGGUAAUAUCGUACGUGAGCUUUAAUUAGCGAUGGGAUGAACCUGAGUUUCACCGCCAACGACCGACCAACGAUAAGUGAAGUGAAACCUGGAGGGUUUGGUACAACGAACCGAUGCGUACCGAAGUUCGAGCGUGCGUGAAAUCAGAAUACUAACCACUAAAGUGCACUCCAGAUAAACCAUGAACGUCAAUCUUAUCUAGUCUAGCAUCAACCGCUAGCUGAGGAACUACCUUCUCGGAACUAACUCGCGCUUGAGCAUCGCUCAUCCCAACCGUGCCGACACAGGAUAGACCCUCGUUCACGCAGACGACUGUGCAGCACCUGGAUGAAGAAAGUGUAGAGCGUAGACUCAUUUUGGAACAAGCAACAGCGACGUAUUACAUUAUGUAUGUGUGAAAAUUCGUGAAGAGCUCUCUACCAGGCAGAAGAAGGGUUAUGACGGGGAACGUGGUGGCGGAUGCUGAAUUUAAUUUAAUGCCGAACAAAGCGAAGCAAUACUUACCAGGCGACAUCGACGACCGUGGAAUGGAUGGCAACUGCGCUGGCGGGAGCUACAAUACAAUCAGCAGCAGCCCCCGAAACCGCCGCACCAAAGAAACACCAACCAUGAGGAGCUUCAUUGGAAUGCUAUUGGGAUUACUUACAAUAUCAGAUUCCUUGGCCUUGCGGCUCAAAACAGUCCACAUCCCGCCUUACAAGCUCCGAGGAGAAUCAGCUUUGCUACAAUGUCAAUACGAACUAAAAGGGCAGCAAACCCACAACGGUUACAGCAAUCACAACAACUACCACUCUUCCCAUCAGCAGCAGCGUGGUCGCCCAUGGAAUGACACGGCUGGUGGCUUCCGGCAUCACGUCUACCAUGACCAUGACUACUACAGCGAUUCGGAAACCGGCGAAGAACGCCUCUACUCCAUCAAGUGGUACAAAGAUAACGAAGAGUUCUACCGAUACGUUCCUUCGGCGAAUCAGCCCAUCAAGAGCUACAAAAUCGAAGGCAUUCGGGUUGAUCCGAAUCACUCGGACGGCACUAAGGUGAUGCUGAAAACCCUCACAUUGAAGUCGUCCGGGGUUUACCGAUGCGAGAUUUCUGCGGAGGCACCCAAUUUCGACUCGGUCCAAGGCGAGGGCCGAAUGGAUGUGAUAUAUCUGCCCAAGGAUGGUCCGCACAUCAAUGGGAGUGAGAAACGAUCCUACCACAUAGGUGAAUCCAUGGAGCUUAACUGCACCUCCGGACGGUCCUAUCCGGCGUCAACUCUGCAGUGGUAUCUCAACGACAAACUAGUGAUGGACCCCCGAAGUAUCGUGCACUAUCCACGGAUGGUCAAUCAGCACGGACUGCUGACAAGCUUCCUGGGGUUAAACAUGGUGGUGCAGCCGCAGCACUACAUCGAUGGUUCCAUGAAACUGAAGUGCGUGGCCAAUUUAUCGCCAGUGCUGUGGCGGAACGGGCAAGAGAGCAUCAUGCAGUGGGAACAACCACCACUGGAUAAUCGGGUCGCCAUGUUGUUAGUGCGGAGUGGCAGCUCACGGCGGGUGCUCAGCAGUGUGGUUGUGCUCCUUUGGUACGUCCUCCUUGUCAUCAUCAGCACGUUCAGAUUGCAUCCGUAGCUACUACAGUCCGCACCAAAACAAUUGGAACAUGUCCUGCUGUCACCAACUUAGGAAGCAAAGCAAUGGACGUCGUUCAACAAUCCAACCAUCCAAGUCCCCUCGAGUGGUUCCUUCUAGGGGGUAUAGUUUCCGAAAGUAGAGAAAAACUUAUGAGACCUCGACUGGCCAUCCAGCGGAAAAGACGGCACCGACAGCCCGGAGAUUUUAUCUGGGAAAAAUGAAGACAGCGAAACGGAAAAACGAAAAAGACAAACUAUAUCAAAAGUAGUGAGCAAAGUUUAGCGUGAAUCGAGAAAAGGACACACUUGAGAAAAAGUAUAAAUAUUAUAUUUACGAGCUAAGGGUAGAAGGGGUGGGAGGUGCAUCGAAGAGGUAGGAACCAGUACGGCGUGAUUUACUUGAUAGCGUUCAUGGUCCAGCUCGAGAGCUGACAGCAAAAGAAAAUAGCUUUUUUCCGAGUUUAGUUUUCCUGUUAAGUUUUUGUUUGGUUUCAAUUUAUUGUACAGUAAGUGAGGAGAAUGUCAGAGAAGAAAAGAAUUCAAGAAAAUCACCAACACCAGCCAGCGCACUGUACAUAGAAAAAUGACGAUGAACGAGGAAUGGCUCGUAGCCACGUCGAGCACUGUAAUAAUGAGGGCUGAGUAAGAAAAAAUAAAUAAAUGCAAGAGUUGAGCAAGAUCAACACAGAAUCAUUGUAAAUUCAAUAAUUUUGUACAUAAAAGUUAGCUGGGAAUAAUUAUUAGAAUAAAAUUUCCGCUUGACCCCAUGA